AUGCCUCCAAAAGCAUCCAAGAAGGCCAAGAAAAGCGAUGAACCUGAAGCAAUCGACCUCAAGCACCUCUCGACUCCCUCCUUGACCUCCCAGGAGCUCUGCAUGUCCUACCGAAUAGCCCGAGUCCCCAUAGCCGAGAACUCGUCCAAGAACCUCUGGUCCGCAUUCGAGUAUUUCCUCAAGACAGAAGACUUCGUGGGAGCAGACAUGGCCCGAAAGUUCAUCCAGAUGGGUAUGACGAGGGCUAAACGCUAUGCCAACCAUAAAGGUGGCAAAAAGUACGAUCGUUCGGAGAGGGAGGUGACGAGGGAUAGUGGCGAGAGGGUAGAGUUGGCUAAGUCGGAGGGUCAUCAGGGCAGGGAGGAGAAGCUGGCUGCUAGUGAGGUGUUCAAGGCUGUUUGGAGGAGAUGCACGAGUGACGAGAGGUAUUUGGAGCUUAAGAAGGAGUUCUUGGAGGAGCAGAAGGUGUGGGACAGACAGGCAAAGAGGGGCGUGAAGAAAGAAGAGAUCAAGGGAGAAGAGGUCAGUGUGAAGAAGGAAGGUGAUGACUGA